AUGGCUGCCAGUGUUGACAGCUGUGAAAUUUUCAAUAAUGUGUCAUCACAAAUAGUAAAUUUAUUGCACGGUCGAACGGACAGCGAUCGGAACAUUCUCAGUCGGGCCUUAGACGAAUUGAAUUCUUUAAAUUACAGAUACGCGAUAGUGACAAAUCCGACUAAAGCAAUACUUUUGGUGAACCAAUGUUGUAGUUUCAUAUCAACGGAUGAUAAUCUGCUCGUGCAGAAAUGCAGCCAGUUCCUGUGGAACCUCGUCAAGAGGCAGAGCGUGCCAGUCGAAGGGAAAAGCCUUGUGGUCGCGAUAAAUUGGUGCCUCGACAGCACUCUCAAGAGCAAAGACAAAAUCGUAGUUUUAGAAGUCUUGCAAGCUUUAGAUGCUCUAUUACGAAUCAACAUAGAUCAAAUCCUUUCGUUAACUGAUAAAGUCGUGCAAGUUGUGUUGAAAGUACUUGAACAAGGCGAGAAAAAAUGGUCACCUGAAGUCGCCCUAAUGGCCUUGCAAUGUCUAGAAGCUUGUACAGUCGAAACGGAAACUACUACAGUCAAUAGAGAGAAACUUUUAGAAAACUGUGCGAAUACUUUCAUAUCGCAAUUAAGCAAACCAGAAAUAGUGGAAUAUCUUGUGCACAUAAAGAUGUUAGAAAUUUGUAUUCGUGGAUUGCAAAACAUCGUAAGUCAAAAUACCGAUUAUUUAAAAAAGGAAAUGGGUUUGUUAUUAGGCAUAGUAAAAACGUACAUGGUCUAUGGGAUAAACGAUAUAAACUACAUGCCACCUCAAAAGUUAUCACCGUCUACUCUAAGCAUUCCGGAAAUCACCAUUAACAGAGAGAGGAAGGGAGGAAAACUUAUGAAGCAGAGGAAGCAGCGCAUUUCGGUGUUAACGAAAAAAGAAAAAAACGUAAUUGAAGAUUUCGUUUUCGACAAAAACGCCGGGUACAUUCCAGCUACGAUGUCUUUGGAUUGCAAUUCGGAUAACGGGUUCAAUUUAAAUGCCUUUGGCAGCAAAAUAAAAACGAGCGAUUCGGAUUUCUCCGACAGCGAAUCCAAUCUAGCAGCGAAUAUAACUAAAACGCAAAGUAAAACAAGACAAGCCGCCUUCGGAUUAUUUUAUAACAUAAUAAGAAAUAGCGACAAAUCCACUAUAUUCUCCUACUGGACCAGUUUCAUACCGGAAGGAACAGUUUCAGGCCCGCACAAUUUAGUAGUAUGCAUUCUGAAAGAUCCAUCGUCUCGUUGCCGAACAUCAGCCCUCAACGUACUAUUGGCCCUUCUAAGGGCUUCAAAAUUGUAUCUAUCUCACGCCGAAUACAGCGAGAAACCUUCGGCUUUCACACCCUUUUCGAUGAUACUCGGCCUGAUGAUUAAGGAAUUGCACAAAGGCAUCUGCUUGGCUUUGAACGAAACCUCGGUGCCUGUUCUCACGCAACUACUGAAAUGUCUAGCCGCUUUGGUCCAGGCCACUCCUUAUCACAAAAUGGAGCACGGUUUGCUCGGCAAAGUCGUUACGAACGUUAAACCUUUUAUAUACCACAAAGAUUCUACUGUGCAAGUUACUGCUUUAAUCGUGUUAGGGUGUAUUUUGGCUUCGGAACCGGUCGUGGCCGAAACUAAGGAAGUCAUGUUAAGUUCUCCUCAACACGAUGACAAUAAGAAGCCUCUAACACACGCUGAUUUACAAGAGGACGAUUCGAUUCCUUGGCUGUUAAAAAAAUGUUUGAGCAAUUUGGGCGUACAAUUCGACGAUAAUAAAGUAAAAGCGCAAUUAGUACCCGCUCCGGUUAAACUAGAAUCUCUACAAGUGAUAUCGGCCCUCACCAGGAACUAUUUCGACGUACUUUUGGCCUCUCACGUGCCUUACCUCGCCGAAGGGCUAACUCUCUCGCUAUCCGAUCAAAACAUCGACGUGAAAUUACACGCCGGUCGAGCCGUCGAUUUCAUCGGCCACGGAAUCUACAAAUUCGUAACCAACCAAGAUGCGAAAGAUUCGAUACCGUUCGACGAUUUCGUGCGGUUUUGGGAGUCGCUGCUUCGCCGACCGCUAAUAAUCCUGUUGCAAUCCGAGGACCAGCCGUCGCUGCGGAGCGUCGGGUGCGAUUGCAUAGGCAGCAUUGGAUCCGAUAUAUUCGAACAGCUAACGAGAGACAAGCAGAUCUUGUGCAUCACUAUGCUGUUCGCCGCUACUAGAGAUGAUGAAGAUAUGGUGAAGGCGGCUGCCGUGAGGGCGCUGGCGAUAUGCGUGAUGUACACCAGUUUAAGAGAGGAUUCCGGAUUUGUGGUGGACACGGCCGAGGCGAUUUACAGAACGUUGAACGAUGCGAGUUUGAUGGUGCGAACGAAGGCUUCGUGGUCGUUGGGGAAUUUGAGCGAAGCGCUGGUUUUGAACAACAAGGGCGAUGGGGAUGUGGAGGAGAUUCCGCAUAAUCUCGUUUUGAAGUUACUAGAAAUAGGGAUUAAAGGAGCUUCGGAUAACGAUAAAAUCAAAAUGAAUUGCGUUCGAGCGUUGGGGAAUUUAAUAAAUCUGAUAAACGCCAAGCUGUUGGGACAGGUGGAAUUUUGUCGAGUGGUAGAUAAAGCGUUUGAAGCUUUAGUGAAGAAUUGUUCGACGGGUUCCAACAUGAAAGUAAGAUGGAACGCUUGUUAUGCGAUAGGAAACGCCCUAAAAAAUACGGUGCUGUACGAACAAACGACUCGUCUCGAUAAAACAUGGCAGAGCUCGGUGUUUAAAGCUUUGACGGAAUUGGUGGUGAACUUCAAGAAUUUCAAAGUUCGAAUAAACGCGGCUCUCGCCCUCUCCGUGCCGAGCAGCAGAGAAUGUUUCGGUAACCAUUAUUACAACGUGUGGACGGCGCUUUUAGAAGCCCUGGAAAAUUCCCAAAACAUGGAGGAUCUGAGCGAGUACAUUCAUAGGGAUCAUCUCAUCGAACAGGUAUGUUUGUCGUUGGGUCAUCUGGUUACUUUGUUGGAAAAAAACGAUCUUGUUCUUUUACAAAAUUGUAUCGAUUUAUAUUAUGAAGUGUUUCGACAUCAUACUCAAAAAGUCUUGGAACGUUUGAUUCCCGAGAAAUCUUCUACGCUUAUUUCUGCUACUUUUUCACUCAAUCAGCUGUCGAAUCAAAACGGCCUCAGUCGGUCGGAAUUGGAAGUAUUGGAUCGAUUAAAAACUAUUUUUACGACUAUUGUUUGA